GUUGGUUCAGUUGAGCUGACGAUGGUGAAUGUUCAUCUGUGUAGCGCAGCAUCAGUGGGAGAGGUCUUCAGUCCAGAUGAAGCCAGAUGUCAGCGACUUCCCUCCAGCAUCCUGGAAACACUUAAAGGUGAGAAGGAGCUGGUGUUACUGGGAGACUUCGGUUGCUCUCCUCAAAGCCCUGAGCUGGACGUUCUGAGGAAGGAGAAGCUCUGUGCCUUAGUUCCGUCGAGCCAGUUCACCAACAUCAGCACCCGCACCCCACAGGGAACACAGUGCCUGGAUAACAUCUGGCUCAGCCGCUCCCUCAAGAGGAUCUACUCAGGUCACUGCCUGGUGGUGCGGGAGGGCCUGACUAAUCCCUGGAUUCCAGACAACUGGUCCUGGGGGGGUGUGGUGUCGGACCACUGCCCRGUGGUGGCAGAGUUUUACAUCCAGCCGUCCUGUAAAGAGCUGAGCAGAGUGGCAGCUGUGGACAGAGGAGAGGUUCAGCCCAAACAUGAGCGAUGACAGCAGGACCAGUCAUUCCCACAGACCAUGUCUGGACCCACCUGAACCCAGACCAGCCUCACCCUGGACCUAUCAGACCCCAGACCUUUGUGAUCCUGGAUCUUCCUCAGUCUCAGUUUGCUGUGGAGCAGAAAAUGAUAAGCCAUAAAACGUGUGGGUGUACACAGGAAUUAAAAAUGUGCCAAACAUUUUAAACGUGGAAUUAAAUAAAGAGAGAGAUUAAUAAA